AUGGAUUUCUUCAGAAAGGUUGAGGUAAAUAUUCCCCUUCUCGAUGAAAUUAAACAACUACCCCGAUAUGCUAAAUUUUUAAAAAAGUUAUGUACUUCAAAAAGAAAAUUAAAAGGAAACGAAACAGUUAAAGUAAGCGAGAAUGUUUCAGCUGUUUUACAAAAAAGGCUACCCCGAAAGUGUAAGGAUCAAGGAGUAUUUAUUGUUACUUGGAAGUUGGGGAACCUUUCAGUGCCACGAGCUAUGUUGGACUUAGGAGCUUCUAUAAAUGUUUUGCCAUAUUCACUUUUCAAAACUAUCAGGGUAGGGCCUUUAAAAAGAACAGGAGUCAUCAUUCAUUUAGCUGAUCGUUCUUUGGUGCACCCAAAAGGAGUGUUGGAAGACGUUUUGGUUCAAGUGAAUGAACUCAUAUUCCCAGCUGAUUUCUAUGUUUUGGAUAUGGGAGAUGACCACUCACCAAAAUCAGGUUCCAUUCGUUUGGGGAGACCAUUUUUAAAAACUGCCAGAACCAAAAUUGAUGUUUAUGAUGAUACCCUUUUAAUGGAAUUUGAUGGUGAAGUUAUCAACUUCAAUAUCUAUGAUGCCAUGCAUUAUCCUGAUGAUGUUUCAGCCCUCAAUUUUAUUGAUGUUAUUAAACCACUAACUGCAGAAUAUUUUGCGAUUGCUAACCGUGAGUCACUAGAAUUAGUGCUCCAUAGAAAUUUGUCUAUUAAUGCAGCUCAGGUUAUACCAAAAAAUUAUGUGGUUGAUAGAGAAGUUCAAGAGAUGGUAGCUCAUAUGGAUCAGCAGAGAAAGUUGAGGUAUGGUACCCAAACUCUUAAAUUACCAAUUUCUAACUCCAAGCUUUUUCCUUCUGUAGUGCAAGCUACCAUCUUGGAGCUGAAGACACUUCCAGAACACCUGAAAAAUGCAUAUCUUGGAGAAAAAGAAACAUUACCAGUUAUCAUAUCCAACAAGCUAUUAGAAAAAGAAGAGUUAGAGCUGAUCAGAAUUCUGAAGGAGUAUAAAACCACAAUUGGGUGGACUAUUGCAGACAUCAAAGGACUCAACCCAUCUCUUUUCAUGCACAAAAUUUUAAUGGAAGAUGAUUAUAAGCCAUCGCGAGAAGCCCAACACAAACUAAACCCACCAAUGAUGGAGGUGGUUAAAAAGAAGUUAUGA